CUCGCAGCACCAACAUCAUUGCUUGACAGAGCGACCGAGCGUCAGUUGAGUUCCAUCGUCUGCAGCAGUUGCACGUGUCUCUCCGCUACAGCCGAGCGCCUAGCCCACUACAACCGUCGUACUUCACACGCAGUACCCAGUGUCAAUUAGUGCUCGCACAGAACCGACUUUUCAGUCUUUUUCAAACAGCAAACAGAAGAAAUGGCCCGUACCAAGCAGACAGCCCGUAAAUCCACCGGAGGAAAAGCUCCCAGGAAGCAGUUGGCCACCAAGGCAGCCCGUAAAUCGGCGCCUUCCACCGGAGGAGUAAAGAAACCCCAUCGUUACAGGCCCGGUACCGUCGCUCUUCGUGAGAUCCGUCGUUACCAGAAAUCCACUGAGCUCCUCAUCAGGAAGCUGCCCUUCCAGCGUCUGGUGCGUGAAAUCGCCCAGGACUUCAAGACGGAUCUGCGUUUCCAGAGCGCGGCCAUCGGCGCCCUCCAGGAGGCGUCCGAGGCCUACUUGGUCGGUCUCUUUGAAGACACCAACUUGUGCGCCAUCCACGCCAAGCGAGUAACCAUCAUGCCGAAAGACAUCCAGCUCGCUCGACGAAUCCGUGGAGAACGUGCUUAAAUUAUUAAUUUUAUCCAUCAUAAUGCUUUCUAUUUUGUCUCAUUUAUAAUAUUCAAACAAAUGGUAUUAAGGCAAGUAGUUAGCAGCAUUUUAGUUUGGUUCGUGUUCGAACGUUUAAUUACAAUUAUCACUGCCAACUAUUGGGUGAAUAAUGCACUUUUUGUUUAGAAAUUUAUCGAUUAUUCCAUAAUAAUCUGUAUUCUGUUCCAUUUAAUUAAAUUUAUUUUUUUAAAUCGAAACUCUUUUAUAAAACAAAAUUAAUAGAAAAUACACUAUUAACGAUUAUUAAAAGUUGCAAAGAAUGUCUUUGAUUCAGCUCAUAAUUAAAUUUUACACGGGAAAAUUGACGUAUUUACGUUUCUUGUACUUUUCUAGAAUAUAUUUCGUAAAUGUAUUGUUGCUAACAUAAGAGACGCACUGUAGUUGAUUAUUCCAAUUAGCUAUUGAAAGGCUAGAUUAAGAGUAUUCAACAAGUAAUAAUAUUGAAUAAAAUUACAAUGCAAGAUUAUUAAUGCAUUGACUUGCAAAGUUUCUGGAGCUGAUAAAAUUCGGAUUAAUAGUCUUGAACGAAUUGGCCCUGUCUCUUUUCUCUAAUAAAUAUAAAUAAAUCUCUAAGCGCUGGGAACUACUAAUCUUGCAUCGUGAUGAAAAUUUUGUAAUACUGAAUAAUCUUUUUGUAGCUUCAAUGUUUCAGAACAAUUUUAUGGGAUAAAUGUGAAGUCUUUGAAAUUCAAUGAAUUUUAGAUUUUAGUGAUACUAUACUAGUUAACUUAUAAUUAAAAAAAUGAAAACUAUUAUUUUAGUUUGAAGAUUAGAUAUACAUAUUGUUCGCAGUUCUAGUUUCAAUGUCUGAUCUGGUAUAAAAGAAAGAAAAGAAAGAAAAUGUUAACUUCCGUAGUAAAAACAUGUAACCUGUAUAACUGUGAAAAAGAUCCCUCAAGCAAUGCAAAAUGGUCUUAGUAAUUAUCAUGAGUUUAAUAGAGAUAUCAAACGAGACUUGUUCAUUUUAGGUGUGUUGAACACGACAUUUUUAAACUUAAUUAACUUGUAACCUGUACAUUAUUAAAAAACUAAAUGUCUGACAAUCUGGAACAUUUAGCAAUAAGAUCAUUUCAGACAAACAAAAUAUAAUGAAUUUGUGACUAAGAUCUCAAGACCUUUUGAAAACAACUGCAUUGUAUGUAGUAUAAUAUUGAAAAAUAUAUACAAAUGAUAUAAAACCUAA